AAAAGUUGAUGAUGUGGGAAAUGACCGUCAGAUGGCGCCACGCGCAGCAAAGCAAGCAGACUUCUCUUGAAACCCAUGACAGCUGGCGCCCACACUGUAAUCAGGUGGUUUGUUGUUAUGUUAGGCUCCAAGUAGUGUGAACCUCAUCCAAUGGACAUCGCCAAAACAAUUUUCGGCUCCCGACCACAUGAGGGAUAUAGUGGAAAGGAAGACUACAAUGACAAAGUAGAGACGGCCGGUUCUGAUGACGAGGACAGCUAUUUAAAUAGCUAUUUGGAUGGUCUCCGUGAAAGCUCUGCCAUUGAUAAAGAUGGCCCAGCACCUGUUCCUGGUGGUCCAUUUUCCGCCCUGACACCGUCUAUGUGGCCACAGGACAUUCUUCUGAAACUAGGACAGCAGUCAGACGACCCAAACUCUCAACCUGAAUACAGGUUUGAUGAAUUUGGCUUUCGUGUUGAAGAAGAAGAUGGUCCAGAACAAAGCUCAAAUAAAUUACUUGGUAUACCAUUUGUUGAAGACCCUCAGCAUAGACUGCAGUGGGUUGCUCAUUUAGAGUUCAGUCACAACAAAGAUGUCUCUGACCUGUCAUGGGACAAUGUUGAAACGUCUCUUCCUCGGACAGAAAAAUUGAGAAACAUGGUUAGAGCAGGAAUUCCACAUUCAUUAAGACCGCAAGUGUGGAUGAGACUUUCUGGUGCUCUUCAGAAGAAAACAACUUCUGAGGUGAGCUACAAAGAUAUAGUGAAAGCAUCAAGCAGUGACGCAUUAAUGACAUCAAAGCAAAUAGAAAAAGAUUUGCUGAGGACUUUGCCAGGCAAUGCCUGCUUCAGUCAACUCUCAAGUACUGGUAUUCCUCGACUGCGAAGGGUUCUUCGCGGUCUUGCUUGGCUUUAUCCAGAGAUAGGUUACUGCCAAGGAACAGGAAUGAUGGCAGCUUCUUUGCUUCUUCUGAUGGAAGAAGAGGAUGCAUUUUGGAUGAUGAGUACAAUAGUAGAGGAGUUGCUGCCUGCUUCUUAUUAUUCCUCAACCCUUAUAGGUGUUCAGGCUGAUCAACGGGUUUUAAGAACGUUUAUUUGUAGCUAUCUUCCUGAUUUAGAUUCUGUACUUAAGGAGCAUGACAUUGAACUGUCCUUAAUUACUUUGCAUUGGUUCCUGACUCUCUUUGCUUCUGUUGUGCAUAUGAAGAUUCUUCUUCGUAUUUGGGACCUCUUUUUCUUUGACGGUUCUAUUGUUCUCUUUCAAGUUACUCUCGGCAUGUUAAAGAUAAGGGAACCAGACCUUAAAAAAUUGGAAAACUCUGCUCAAAUAUUUAAUGCACUAUCUGACACCCCAGGAGACAUUGAAGAUGUUGAUCAGCUACUGCAGGUUUCUUUUGAGGUGGCAUCUUCUCUGAAUGAUAUGAUGAUUGAAACACAUCGAAGACGCCACUUAGCAUAUUUAAUGUCAGACCAAGGUGGUCUUGUUGGAAAUCCAGAGAACAUGCCAAACUUGCCAAAGCAACAUCUUAGUAGGCGCCAGGUGAAGAAAACAAAAUCUGUGAUUCAGUUGCUUCUCUUCGGAGACAUGGAUGGUGAAGACGACAUUAAAUUAAAAAAUAUAAAACAAACAGAAAUUAUGGUGAGCUUGCGAGAGGCUGUCUUACAAGUGGCUAGACACUUUAUGUCAAUGGAUCCGAAGUUGUGUAAGGUGGUCAUGGAGCCAGACUACAGCAUGGAAAGUCAUGCGAAAGACCAUGAAAUCUAUGUUGAUGUUUCCCGAACUCGGAAGAGGCGUGCCAAAGCACUUUUGGACUUUGAACGGCAUGAUGAUGAUGAGCUUGGGUUCAGGAAAAACGAUAUAAUUACCAUUGUGAGCCAGAAAGAUGAGCACUGUUGGGUUGGUGAGCUGAAUGGACUUAGAGGUUGGUUCCCUGCCAAGUUUGUUGAGUUACUAGAUGAAAGAAGCAAGCAAUAUUCUUGUGCUGGAGAUGAUGCUGUCUCUGAAGCUGUUACUGAUCUUGUUCGGGGAACUCUAUGUCCUGCCAUCAAGCAAGUGUUGGAGCAUGGAAUGAAAAAACCAUCUAUUCUUGGAGGCACUUGUCAUCCAUGGUUGUUCAUAGAAGAGGCUUGCACCAGAGAGGUGGAGCGAGAUUUCAACUCAGUCUAUAGCAGACUUGUGCUGUGUAAAACCUUCAGACUUGAUGAGGAUGGAAAAGUUUUGACUCCUGAAGAGCUUUUGUACAGAUGUGUACAAUCCAUAAAUCAGAGUCAUGAUGAUGCUCAUGUUCAAAUGGAUGUCAAAUUGCGCAGUCUUGUGUGUAUGGGUCUCAAUGAACAAGUAUUACACCUUUGGCUGGAAGUUAUGUGUUCUUGUGCUGAAAUUGUUCAAAAAUGGUACCACCCUUGGAGUUUCAUCUUUAGCCCAGGAUGGGUGCAAAUUAAAUGUGAACUCAGAAUACUGUCCCAGUUUGCAUUCAGUUUAAAUCCUGACUGGGAGCUACCACAAAAAAAGGAGCAAAGUAAUCAACCUCUCAAAGAUGGAGUCAGGGACAUGCUGGUGAAACAUCAUCUGUUCAGCUGGGACUUGUAGCUUGCUAGGGUUGCCUAGUGCCACAAAUGAAUUUUAAGAUAUCAUUAGCACUGUAUAUACAAUUUAUCAGCAGAUAUCAAACCCUUUAUCCAGUGCUGCCAGUCAAUAUUUCUAUGUUCCAUCUCAAAAUGUCAUCAUAAGGUAGUAAGGUCCCACUGUCUCAUUCAUUUCAACUUAAAAAUUUUGUUAGACACCAUCAUACAGUAAUUAUACCUGUUAUGGUUUGGUGGCUGAAUAUUUUGUGUCUCCCUUCAAGGGUUGGAAAUUUUUCCUCACCUUUUUUAUAUGCUAGUCUUAAAGCAACUGACAUAUCUGCAGGCAUUAGGCUGGAAAAUAUGAGUAUAUUUUAUUUACUAUUUAUUGCAGACUACAUCCAGUUUUCAACUGGUUGAAGAGUAAUAAUAAUAAUGAUGUUCCUUCUUGCUUUGUAAACACAUUUCAUUUGCAUGUGAUCAGAAACUGUCCAAUUUUGUUUAGAAAUUUUUUGUUGCUAUAAA